AUCAUCAGCGGGCGCAGCAAAGUCGCGACACUAAAUAAGCUCAUUUACCCAGGCCUUGGCAGCCACCCACCAGGGGAAACUCUUGUUCCUUUGGCACAUCCUCUUUUUCGACCACCGAUCCCUAGCCUUCAUUUCCCUCUGUUUACAUGAGUACAUGAGCACUCAUAUGGCGACAUCCUCGAUAUCCGUCCCUGUGGGGACUCCUGUCUCCAACCCCAACACCAACACCAACGUCCCUACCCUCGCGCCGAUGACCGGAGGCUCUCCCAACGGCUCCCACGAAACACUGUCCCUCCUACCACAACAGUCCAUGCCGCCCUCAUUUAAUGCGACAUCCGUGGCACCGUCUGCCUCCACCCCGUCGGCCGCCCGCAGCGUCAAACGGCCACGGCCAGUUAAAUCCUGCACCGAGUGCCGCAAGCGCAAGCUGAAAUGCGACAGGAACCUACCUUGUUCCCAGUGCCAGAAAUCCCAGCGAACCUGCAGAUACGCCGCCGACCAAGACUCGUCCGCACUUUCCGAUGCUUCCGAUGCCGAACCUUCCGAUGUACAAUCCGGCCGGCCUGCCAAACGUAACUGCCUGACCGCCGUCCACGGAUCCUCCUUCUCAGCCUCCCAUCUCGACCCCUUGCUCUCUGCGUCAUCGCGCAACGGCGACUUGGCUGCCGGCGGCGGCGCUCUGUCUCCAUUCGAGGAGCUGGCAUCGCGAGUCGACCGCCUGGAACAGCUUGUCCUCGCAAAGAGCCCUGGCACGACCGACCAUGUGAGCACCGGCGUGAGCGUGCCCCGUCCGCCUCUGCCUCUGUCCAGCGAAACAAUACGUGGCCUGACCGUGAAGGGCGAGGAUUUGCGUACUCGUUUCUUCGGCCAGAGCAGCGUACGCGUGCUCGUAAAUCUGUUCCAUGAUGCCAAACACUUCCUUGCGCACGAAUCCGGGCACGACGAGUUUCGAGGUCUCAUGCACAAUCUCUUGCGGCUCCAUAGGGUCAUCCUCGAAGAUUACAAAAAGUCGUUGAAGCCUAACCCGGUCUACGUCGACUCGGUCACGCCGAUUCGUAACCGCAUGAAGCACAUCCUGCCGCCGAGACCGGUUUGCGACCGACUGUUGGGGUCCUACAUCCAUACCACAGAAACCAUAUACCGAAUCAUACACAUCCCCACCUUCAUGGCCGAUUACGAGCGGUUCUGGGACAACAAGCUGGAAGCGGAUAACUUCUUGCCGCUGCUGCUCGCCAUCUUGUCUACCGGGUCGAGGUUCGAGUCCAAGUCGAAAGGGCUCGGCCUCGGCGCCGAUGGCCUCCAUAUCCCCACCGCCUGUGAGCUGGUCAGGUCGUGGCUGAGCAGCCUCAAGGGCAAACACCUGAUCGAGUUCACCACGCUGCAGACCGAGGUUCUCCUCCUGCACGCACAACGUAUGACCACGCCAAGGCCUCACGUACUAUGGACGCAGCUAGGGUCCGUCGUCCGCAUGGCCAUGACCAUGGGCCUGCACCGCGACCCGUCCGAGUUCGACGGACAGAUCCGCGUCUUCUGGGGCGAGCUCAGGAGGAGGCUGUGGUAUUCCAUCCUGGAACUGGACCUCCACAUCUCUCUCAUGUGCAACCUGCCCUGUCUGAUCCGAGAGGGUGAUCACACGUGCCAGGCCCCGCGGAACAUUGACGACGGCGACCUGUACGUCGACAUGACCGAGCUCCCGCCGGGUCGGCCGAUGGAUCAUUCCACCGACAACCAGAUCCAGUCGUACGCGGCCAUGACCUUGCCGACGCGGAUGAAGAUCAUCCACGUGGUGAACCGGAUUGACUCGGUGCGGGAUUGCAACGAAGUGCUCGAGCUGGGGGCCAAGAUGGAGAGGUUUGCCGAAGACAUCGGCUACCUCUUCCCGCGGACCAGCUCGCUGAGCGAUAGUGACAAGAGCAAACAAUGGCGGUGCCGCGUCAUACUGGAUAUGCACGUACGGCGUCCCUUGCUGGCGCUGUACCGACCUUUCGCCUUGGGGGUGCCGGACGCGCCGCCGCAGCUGACGCGGUCGUACCUGGCGUCCUCGAUGGUGAUCCUGCAGUACCUGGACGAGCUGGACCCGAGGCUGGCGCACUACGAGAAUGUCAGCGACAUGUACCACCAGGUUCUUAAGAAGGACAUGCUCCAGGCGUCGCUCAGCCUCUGCUGGUACAUCAGGGUGGGUUUGGAGGCAGGCGCCAACGGAGCCGGGGCCGGGGCCGGAGCCGGAGCCGGAGGAGGGGUAAAGGGAGAAGGAGGAGGCGGCGGCGGCGGCGGCGGCAACACGACGGCCAGCGAGACGCGGCUCUUUUCGCCCGACUCGACCGAAGGCGCUGGGACAUUCCCCGGGUCACUCGCGCUGUGGUCCCCGUCCCGGCUGAUCAGGACGGUGGAGAAGUCGAUGGAGCUGUUGAUGCACAACGUCGGGGGCAGCGAUGUUAAGGACCUCGUCGCGCUCGCCGUUGUGUUCGCGACGGUGAAGACGAGCAUGCCGGAGCAGAGGAGGCGGGAGAUACGGCGCAUGCUCACGGUGGUGCUCGAGACGUGUAUGCGGGCUACCAACACGAACCCGCAACUCGUGAUGGCGGCGCCCGGAGCCGGAGUCGGAGUCGGACCCGGUUCCGGUUCCGGUUCCGGUUCCGGUCCCGUACCAGCGUCGGCUCUCGCGGGAGAUCCUAUGCACCCUUACGCAGCGGCCGGGCCAGGGCCGCCGCCAUCACAUUUUCCAUACCCACCAGGAGCAGUGCCGGCCGAUGUGAGAGAAGCCGACGAUACCUGGAGACUCUGGGAAGGUUGGGACUAGGCCGAUGGAAGGCGUUGGAUAAGUCGGAGAAUAAGUCCGAUACGCAGCCACAGCCUGGGCCGAUAGCGGUUUACAAAUAGGACCUCGGCAUCGACUUCCCAGUGCGGGACAACACCCAACAGUCGACAGACAAUUAGGUAGCUUGCUUGCUUUGAGUAAGCAUGCACUACCCCAUACUCCCCACGAUCUUCUGGAUUUAGGCGACAUGCAGGUCUAUUAGGUCCUUGUAUAUUUUGACAGGGUGGAUGAGGAUGGAAUUUGGUGGGCUUGGGACAUCUUUUUACUUCUUUUUUACUUUUUUUCUUUUUUUUUUCUUUCCCGUU